AUGUCCAGGAGGACUAGGCUGCAAUCAGAGGCCUCGCCCGCACCGCCGCUUUCGGACAACGACUCAAAGAGCAAUAGGGCAAAGGAAAGUGAGGUCCUCUUCCCGGUCGAUAAGAGCCUACCGGAUAACGAGUGGCCGACCUUCCUCCUGAAAGAUGCCGCGGUUACUAGCAUCCGCGGCAACGAAGCAAACGAGAAUUUGCUAUUAGUCGAGACGAGGGGGCCGUUCAAAGUCCAGGGUCGUCUCCUCGUCGAUUUCGAAGACAAACUCCAGAUGAGCGCAACCCGCGCUCGCCGUCCUCCCCGAAACAUAGACAUCGAAAUUACCGGCGUCCGCAUGUCGAUAGGCUGGAUUGACGGCCCGCGUAUCUGGGUAGCCAGCGACUACGGCUUCUUCGAACUCAUCCAUGCAAGCCACGAGUACGCGCCCAUGUUCAACAGCAUGAUAGAAGCUGUCACUCUGUACUACUCGGUUCAGGCCAUCUACGGUGAAGCCGAAGAGGCUGGGGAGAAGUUACAAGGCCUCGACGAAGUCCUUUUCAGAUACAUGCUCCACACAGGAGAGGCCAUAGUAAGAGAAGAGGCCAUCAACAGAUGUCACGAGCACGCUCAGUUCCUUGCGUCCCAUUUCGAAAAGGAAGAAGAGUUUCAUUGGGCUGGGAAGGAUUUUACAAAAUACAUCAAAGGCAUCUGGGUGGGUCCUUCCCCCAUUCUCCCUCUGGCCCAUCCGUUACUGUUGUACCAGCUCGGGAACAGGGAACUAAUAUCCUGGCAGAGGCAUCAAAAGAAGCACCCGGGUACUUUGCCACACCGGCCGCUUCCGUAUCUUCAACCUCCCGCCCCGCCUAACGACGAACAACAGGCGCACAAGCCUUCCCGGGCUAGGUCAGUACGGCAAGAAUCUACCGCAUCUGCCAAAUCCCAGAGCCCCGCUACCAAAACAGCUGAAACGCAACGCCCUACCUCUCCUGUUCCAGCAGCGCGGACUGAGACCCCGAAGCUCCCAGCUGCCACGGCGCCAGCCCCCGUCACGUCAAGCGAGAGAUCCGAGGCCAUCGCUUUAAAGCUGUAUCAGGCCAUUGUGGAAACAGACGAACUGGACAAGAUGGAUGCAAAGCAGAUUGGCAGGGUCACUCUUCCUCGUGUGGGCGGCAAUGUAUUUUACAAGUUCAAGUUUUCCGCCUACAAGGGGGUGCCGGAGGCGAUGAGAUAUUACGCUCAGGACCUCGUUCGUCUCAUGAAUGCCGACAAUGCGCUCGCCGCCAAGUGGCGAAUGACCCCGUUCUACGCAACUCUUGCGUCAAUAGACGUGCCACUACUCCCGGACGAAUUACAACACAUAAGACCCGAACAAAUCGAUACUUCUCUGGUUAGGCGCCUCCCGAAAAAUGCUAACGGAGAUCCACCCGCGCCGUCGAACACGGCUCCAACUGCGAAACCCUCGGGCAAAGCGCCCCCUCCGGCCGGUUACCAGAGCGCAUCGGACACCAGUUCGUCCCUAACUAGGCCCCGCCGAGGCCGACUCUCCGGAAAGGUUGCCGGCCUACGCUUGGCGAACCCCAAGAAGCGGCCUCACUCGGACGCGAACAGCCCGGCGUCCAGCGGGAAGGGGACGACAGGUUCCAAGCGCUCACGCAUGGCUGUUAAUGACUUGGAGGAGGAAGAAGACUACGGGGGCAUCGGAGGGGAAGAUGCGGACGGUAUGAACAUAGAGAGCGAGAGCUCCGAAUCUUCCGAGGACAUGGCCGUGUCCGAUGGCGAGCCCGACCAAGUCCCCGCUCGCAUAGUCCUUGAAGUCGAGGACCUCCCGUCCACGAGUCCUAUGGGGCCCAAUGGUACCUGGGUGUGCGAGAACGAAGACUGUGGGCAUGUUAUUCGUUGCGCGGAUGAACCCGAGGGCCAGGAGGCGGUCCGCAUGCAUCUCCAUGAGCAUGAGGAUAGGAGCCGUAAGGUUCGGUUGGCCAUGGCUGAGGGCCGGGCAACCGGUCAUCCAUCUAUUGAUUAUCUAUUAGAAAAGUUGAAGCAGGUCGGCGGACGGGAGCAGGCGAAACGCGAUCCUAAUCGACCACAGGCGAUCCAGAAGAAGCAUGGCCUAUUGUUCUAA